AAGGGCGUCGUCGGUGGCAUAUUAGGUGUCGCUUUGCUGGACCUGGCUGAGAUAUACGGAACAAGCAUCGGCAACAUGUCGUACAUCAUCACCACUUUCAGCGUGGGCGCUCUCGUCGGCUCUCUCCUUGGGGGCAAGUUACACGACACGUACAACACGCAGUUGGUCUCGAUCUUGGCAAUGAUAGCGACCUGCGUCACGGUGACCAUUUUCCCACUCGGCGGCAUCCUAGUCCUGGCACAUGUUACCGCGUUUCUGUGUGGGCUGAGCGUGGCUGCACUUUGCACUGGUGCAAAUGUCUGGAUCAUCAGGAUGUGGACAGAGAACAGCAGCCCGGCACUACAACUCUUCCACUUGGCCUUCGGUAUCGGUGGCUUCGUCGGUCCGUUCAUCGCCCAACCCUUCCUGUCCAACAGCAACGGUGGCAAUGCGACCGCACCGAAUACCACCGACAACGCAUACCUGACCCAGAACAGCAUCGCUUACCAGCCUGUCGACCUGGUAGCGCUGGCCAAUAGUUCCGCCGCUCAAGAUGGCGCGGGAGAGUCACACGUUUAUUACGCGUUCGGUACCGCCGGUGCGCUUUUAUUUAUUCCAACAGUUUCUAUGAUCGCUCUUUACGUUAUAGACAACGUCGACUUCAAACCCGCGUCACCUAACGGGGAGAGUUCUGCGGGAGCUGAGGAACCGCGCAACACUGCCCGCUUCACCAGAAUCGUUCUGGCAACAAUGUGUGUCUACGUGGUUGCCUACUCCGCGUUCGAGCGUACCACGGCCCAGAUGAUGGCCUCGUUUGCAGUCAAGAGCCAGCUCCACUUCUCGAAAUCGUUGGCUUCUCGCGUUGAAUCCGUGUACUUCUUCUCAUACGCCGCUGGCCGCCUCACCGCAUGUUUGGCUACAAUCAAAGUUCCUCCCUUCUGGGUGCUAGUCUCAGCGCACAUAAUUCUCCUGCCCACGGCCGUGACACUCGUGCUACUGGGUUCUAGCAGCUCAUUGGUGCUCUGGCUAACCAGCGCUCUCUUUGGUUUCGGCCAAGGACCCAUAUUCGCCGCUUUAAUAUCCUGGAUGGCAGGGCUCAUAAAUAUAAACAACAAGAUGAUGUCUCUAGCUGUCGUCACGCAAGGCAUCGGAUCAAUGACAGCGCCGGUUAUUGUAGGCCAAUUUCUGGACAAUGACCCUAACGUGUUCUUGUAUGUCUGUCUAAUGAGCGUUGCGUUAUGUGUUCUCAGUUUCCUUUCCAUGUAUCUCUACAUAAGAAGAGCGCGACACCGACACGAUGACAAGGAAUUGCUUGUCAAUGAAACUGAUAGUGAGCAUAGCGAAAGGCUUCAAUAAUGCUUCAAGAUUUGCUUCAGCGUGUGUAAAUAUAGUGCUGUCUACAGUGUGCCAUGAGUUUGUUUACCUUGCUGCUGGAUUUAACAUUCUUAGUAU